AUGGCCGAUACAUCGAGAACCAAGUCCGGUGCACCGCUUUACAACCCAUCGAGUUCGGCCGCCUCACCUCCGAAGAGUUUCCCCACCAGUUCGCCCCCGCCCGCUGGAUCCUCAGCUGAGGAUUCGGCACCACGACCGGCUGAUGGAGAUUUGCCUCAAGAAAUUGACACCGAACAAUUGUCAUCCUACACGGCGUCGUUGUCUUCCAGUGCUGUCGAUUAUCCCGUUGAAUACGGAUGCCGAUACCACGCCUUCCGCUCAGGCUCAUAUGUUCUUCCCAACGAUGAGUACGAGAUGGACCGUCUCGACUUCGUCCACGCGCUGUUCGUAAGAGCUCUUGAAGACAGGCUUUACCUCGCGCCUCUUGAAAAGGAGGAGAUCCAAAAGAUUCUGAAUAUCGGAACUGGGACCGGUAUUUGGGCUAUGGAAAUCGGUGACAUUUUCCCGAACGCCGAGGUGAUUGGCAACGAUCUCAGCGCUAUCCAACCCGAGUGGGUUCCACCCAAUGUCAAGUUCGAAAUAGACGACGUCGGAAGCCCAUGGAUCGGUGACAGAAACCAUCUCAAUCCCGGCGGAUGGGUCGAGUUCCAAGACACAAGCAUUGAGUACUAUUCGAGCGAUUGGACUCUCACUGAAGAGGACUAUUUCCGUCAGUGGAACAAGACCCUUGUUGACACAAUUGCCUCAAUUGGGCGCGAGCCCUCGCCUGGACCUAAGCUCGAGGGAUGGGUGCGCAACGCAGGGCUCCAAAGGAUCAACUAUUCAAAAGUCAAGAUUCCCCUAGCACCGUGGCCAAAAGAUUUCUUUUACAAGGCCCUGGGGGUAAUGAACCUGACGCAAGUUCUGGAUAGCCUUAAGGGAUUCACGAUGAGGGUAUUCUGCGGAGUCCUUGGACAAACGCAGGAAGAGGCACAAGUCGCGAUGGCUGCGGUGCGCAAUGAGCUCAAGAAGCUUCAUUCUUGUCACUCACAAUUUGACUUCCAUAUUGUAUACGCACAGAAGCCCCUAUGA